CUUCAAUAAUAAAAAUUAAUUUAAAAAAUCCUUAUGAUACCACCCCUAGAGUCAAGCCAAAAUGAGCAUGCCCAGAGUCAUGAUCAAGUGACAAAUAUCGUUCAAAAUCAAACAACCCUAAAUUUGCCCGAAGAUAUGCAACCCAAUGGCCUUUUUGCAGAAAAAGUUAACGAAGAUUUUGAAAAUUUCAUGAACCAAGCUGGUGUCAAGCCAGGAUUCUUGACACAGACGGAAAAAAACUCCCUUCCUACCUUUAAAGCUUCCUUGGAGGCAACACAUGAAGAGACAAAGCAAGUUCCUGGAUUUACUGCUAAUGUGACCUCCGAAGUAAACGAUCAGAAUGAAAACUCUAUGGCACCGAAAAAGAGUCAUGAGAAACUCAAUAGAUGGGGAAAGAAGGAGGACAAGAUUCUUUGGAGAACAAUUAAAGAAGAUAUUGCAAAAGGAGCCUACACUUUGGAAUAUAUGAAGAAUAUUCCUUUGGCAAAAGCUAGAAAGAAUUCACAUAUGGUGAAUCUCAGCCAGUCUAUUGGUUGGAAGACUUCUUGUAGUAAACUUCUUGGAAGAAUUCAGAAGUGUAUCGCUGAUAGCUUCUCCGUCAGAGAUGAGAUCCUUUUGAGAAAAUUAAUCAAGAAGAAACACUACAAGAAUCUUGAUUAUGACCAUCUUUUAGAACAUUUCUCAGGUAAAACUAAGGAGAGAAUCAUGCAAGUAUGUCAUGCCUUGUGUCAGGCUAAGGAACAGAAGAAACUAACCUCAGCUAAAAUUAUCUAA